AUGGACGAAAGAGAUGCCGCAGCGGCGCCCCCCAGCGUCCAACCUGCCGCCGACCCCACGCAGACCAAUGUCGAAGCCCAGAUUGCGUCCCGUGAGCAGGUCACUGGCGCCAUGUCUGGGCUGGCACCGGGACUUGGGUCUGGACCAUCCGCUGAGGAACCACCUCCAUCAGCACAACCACCAACGGCAGCCAGAGCACAAGCACAAGCAUCAAAUCCUGCGACUCGGUCAAUUACUACGGCGCCGGUUCCUGGACGAGCUCCCGCUACCGCAACAGCUCCCCGUUCAGCUCCCGCUCCCGUUGCCGCUCCCAGUCACGGCCACGGCCACGGCCACGAGCAACCCGCCCUCCGUGUGCCUCGAUUUGUCGCUCCCUCGUCCUAUCUCCGUUUCAAGACCUCGCACGGCAGCGCCAUGGCAGCAGCUGCAUCUGAGCCGACCUCGAACCCGAGCACACUGAGCCCGCCGAGCCCGCUUGACAAGGAACAACGUCAAGGACUGAAAGCGAUUCGGGAUUUUCUCAAGGUUCGCACUAGCUACGAUGUCCUGCCGCUAUCCUUCCGUCUCAUUGUCUUGGACACCGACCUCCUCAUCAAGAAGACGCUUAAUAUCUUAAUACAAAAUAGUGAGUCUGCCUUUGCACCGUUUGUUACCCAUGGCCGCCCAAGACAGCCCAAACAACUGCUCGCUCUUUGGCUAAUCUGCUUCGCAUCAGCAAUCGUUUCUGCGCCGCUAUGGGACUCACAGAGAGGACGUUUUGCCGGCAUACUGACGGCCACGGAUUAUAUCAACGUCAUUCAAUAUUACUGCCAAUUUCCAGACGAGAUGAGCAAGCUUGACCAGUUUCGGUUGAGUAGUCUGCGAGGUGAGACUAUUUUGCAUCAAGCAACAGUGGAAAAAGCCGUCGGACCCGCCGUAUGCAUGCUAAGACAGGUUGGCUUAGAUAUCGAAAAGGCAAUAGGUGCCACUCCCAUCGAAACGGUAUCUGUGCAUCCAUCUCGACCGCUUUACGAGGCGUGCCGACGCAUGCUUAAGACUCGUGCGCGACGUAUUCCCCUUGUGGAUAUAGACGACGAGACAGGCAGAGAGACGGUCAUAUCCGUUAUUACUCAAUAUCGUAUCCUCAAGUUCAUCGCUGUCAACAACGAACACAACACUGUAAUGCUCAAAAAGACGGUUCGAGAGAUUGGCCUGGGCACCUAUUCCAACCUGGCCACCAUGCACAUGGAUAAUACGGUUCUGGAUGCCAUCCACCUGAUGGUCGAUAGAAACAUUAGCUGUAUCCCGAUUGUGGACUCUGAAAACCGGGUCCUGAAUGCCUUUGAGGCGGUCGACGUCAUUCCCUGCAUUAGAGGGGGUGCAUACGAGGAACUGGAUGGAUCGAUCGGGGAGGCACUGUGCAAACGGCCAGACGACAGCCCAGGUAUCUACACAUGCGGGGAGGGGGAUCGACUGGAUUCAUUGUUUGACACGAUCCGAAAGAGCCGAGUACACAGACUGAUUGUUAUCGACGACGACAACAAACUGAAGGGUGUCAUUUCACUAUCUGAUAUCCUCAAAUACGUGCUCAUCCAAGGGGAAGAGGACUCGCCUCAAAGCUAG